AUGGCUGCGCCGUUGAAGCUGGUGACUUCGGACGACCUGCUGAUCUGCUGUGCGUGCGGCGCGCAGUACGACGUCGACGAAAAGACCGGCAAAGACGAGUGUCGCAUCUGCGAGGAUCCCAGACAAUUCGUUCCGCCCUCAGGCCAGGAGUUCACGACCCUGCGCAGACUCCGAGAGCAGGGCACGUACAGGAACGUGUUCGAGCCGUGCCCGCACAACGACACGGUCGUCGAGAUCCACACGGAGCCCAAGUUCGGAAUCGGCCAGGGGGCCCGCCUCAUCCGCACGCCGAACGGGAAUGUGCUUUGGGACUUGAUUGCGUAUUUAGACCAGGACACUGUCGACAAGAUCACAGAACUGGGCGGGUUGAAGUUUAUCAUCAUUUCACAUCCGCAUUUUUACACAACCUGGGCGGACUGGUCUUCUACAUUCAACUGCCCCGUCUACAUGACCGAGGUCGACUCCGUCUGGGCCAAUAGGAAAGACACACCCUCGGCCACCCUGAAGUUGCUGAAAGAACCCAGCACCGAGCUCCUCCCGGGCCUCACGUCGGUGAUCUGCGGAGGUCAUUUCCCCGGUAGUCAGGUGCUGCACUCCCUCCCACCAAACACGCCGAUCCCGACGCUCUUCGUGGCCGACACCAUCUUCGCGGUGCAGUCGAGCCAUAAUCCCGACCCGGGGAAGCGGGGCGAUACCAUUUCGUACCAGUUUCUGUGGAGCAUUCCCAAUUUCAUCCCCUUGCCGCCGGACGAGGUGCUCAAGAUCUGGAAGGCCCUCAAACCGUUGGAGUUUAAAGCGACGUACGGGGUUAUGGCCAAGAUCACCAAUGUCUUUGAGAGACCUGGCCAGAGUCUGAGUCUGAAAGCUCGGGUGCUUCAGAGCGCAAAAAUCGCCGUCAAAGCGAUGGGGUAUUCUGACCACAGCAUCUUCGUCGAACAGUUGUGA